UUUAUUUUGAAACCGGAAACUGAAGAAAUACGUCGCUAUGGUAACGGUUGAAACUGCAAAGAUCAGCUUGUUAGCAACCGUCUGAUCUUUUCCCUCUCUUAUCGUACGGAGACCCAUAUUAUCGCAAUGCAAUGGAGGGCUCAGAUACAUACAUCAUAAGACCUAAUCAUCAGUACAAGUUUAAGCCAGCCAUUGUUAAGGAAUGUAUUCGAGAAAUUGUGAGGGAGCGACUGUCUGGGAUGCGUUAUGACCCAGAGGAAGUGCCCGAGCUGUCUCGCUCACUAGCAGACUGCAUUAAGGAUAAAGUAAAGAAUCAGUUAUCUUCAACAGAUGCAGGAUUUGACAGAUAUAAGCUUGUCGUGCAGGUGGUCAUUGGAGAACAACGAGGACAAGGAGUCAAGAUGUCUUCAAGGACUUUAUGGGAUGCUGACACAGACAACUAUGCAGAAGAUGUUUUCAUAAACGACAGCUUGUUCUGUGUGGCAGCAGUUUUUGGGAGUUAUUACUACUGAAGAGAAGAGGAUGGAUGACAAAAUCCUUUAAUAGGAAAAGAAGCAAGGUGAACAUCCAAACGAUACUGCUCACUGUAAGCACUUCAGGCCUACAGUGCGUUGAUCUGAUUGAACUGUUUUUCAUUGCUGCAUUAAGACAGCGGGCCUCGAGUGUAGAGAUGAUGGAUAUCUGUGCUGUUACUGUGGAAACUUAAAAAUGAAGGACCUCACCAGGACUACAUGCCUUGGUUAAGAUGAUGAAGACUGAGCAGUUUUUUCCUUGGAAGAGUUAACAGACUAAAGGUCCUAUUUUCUUUUAAACAUUAUUAUUGUGUGUUCAGUAGACCUGCUUGAUAAAUAGAGGAUCCCGACUAAAUGUUCUGCAGUACGGUUUAUAUUUGUGCUACAUUUUGGGGGUUUGACUUAAAGCAGCAGAGGUCAGUAUUUGAACAAUAUGAAAGAGUAUUACUAUUGGCCAGCUACUAUUAUUAAGCAGAAUUAGCUGUUACUACAAUUUGAUAUCAGCUUAUCACCACCUGUAUUUUGCUUUGGCUCGAGUACCUAUAACUACAAGUCAUCUCUUUUUUAAAGUUUUGCAUUCUGACUGUGUCAAUAAAUCACACUGACCAUU